AUGGUGCCGCUCAGGCUCCUGGAACUUCUCUGUGCUUUACUUAUCCCUGCCCUCCACAGCCUGCCCUGGUCCACGGAUAUCUCUGAGAGCAAAGGCCCUGGCACUGUCCUUCAGACUUUCCUCUUCAACUGUUCCUCCUACAUGCCUACCCUGGAGUUACUCAGCGUGAGGCCACCCACCAGCUUCUUCAAUAAACCCAGCCUACAAGGGCAUGAGGGAGUCUACCUGGGGAAGGUGACCUUGAGUAGCUCCGCUAGGCUGGAUGCCCUUGAGGUAAACUACUAUGAGCUGCAGCUGCAGUACAGAUGUGGUAACUUUGUGGCGGAUGGAUCACUCUUCGUUCAUGUGCAGCGGGACCCUGGGCGUAUCCAUUGUACUGGUGCAUUUGCCAGCCCAGCUGGGGAAUUCAUUUAUGUGCCAGAGACAGUCACACCUGGGGCCCUGCUGUACACUCUGUUGCUGCCAGGCCUAGGAGUCCGGAGAGCCCAGAUAAACAUUACCAGUGCCCAAGACCCUCCAUUCUUCCCCGGACCUUUCUCCAUCGACGAGCAGGGACUGCUGCGGGCGCCACCCCAGGGCCUCCAAGGCCAGGCUCAAAAGACCUUCCAGCUGCAGAUUUUAGUGUCCUUAGGAAAAAGGCAAAUCUGCAAAGGAAUGCUGACAGUGAAGGUUUUGCCUACACCCUCCAGCCGAGUCUCCUUCCAACAGAAGGCCCAGAGUAUUACCAUCGCAGAGGAUCUGGUUCCUGGGAGCGAGGUGGUUCGGGUCCAAGCUAGGGGAUUCAACUUACUCUAUGAAAUCAUCUCCCCACGGCCCAGUUCACUCUACUCUAUUGGACAAGCUGACGGGGUAGUGCGGACUACCGCACCCUUGUAUUUGGCUCGCGUUCAGGGCGCGGUGGUUACAAAACUGCAGGUGAAAGCCUUUGAGAGGCUCCAGCCUUGGGCCAGUGCCGUGUCCGAUCUCACGGUUAAUGUGCGCGCGGUAAACCAGUGGCCCCCACGCUGCUAUCCAGCGCUACUGGUGACUCAAAUUCCAGAGACUGCACUUGUGGGCACUGUGCUGCACACGCUCUCCUGUGUUGACCCAGACUCUGCAAGCGCUCCCCUCCACUAUCAGCUGCAGUUCCACAGCCCUCCCAACUCUGCCAGCCUCUGUCUUCGUGACAAAAUCCUUGAGGUGAACACUACAUUGGACUGUGACGCUCCUGAGGCUUGCUUCCAGCAUUCAGCUUCCAUCUUGGUGUUCGAUGGUGGUCAACCCCAAAUGACCACUGAGGUUCCAGUGCUGGUGAUGGUGACACCCGUCAAUGAGUUCUCCCCAGCCUGUGUCUCACGCACGUUCCGGGUUCGGGAGGAUGCAGGGCCCCACACUCUGCUGGGCUCCGUAGUGGGUACGGAUAUGGAUUACCCUCGUAACAGCAUCGAGUACUACAUCUCUGGUGGACCCUCCACCUUUUCUGUGGAUCGUCUGAGUGGAGAACUUCACCUCCUGGGGCCUUUGGACUAUGAGCAGCAGAGGUUGUACAAGAUCAUUAUUCUGCUGAUUGAUCACAGCCAAGACUGGGACCUCAACAGUCACCGAUCAGGUUCAUGUACCAUAACCAUUGAGGUUGAGGAUGUGAACGACCAUGCCCCCGAGUGUGAGCCUCCAUUUCAGGAACUCAGCAUCUCCACUCCCCUGGGUCAUAGCACAGAGGUGACUAAGGUGUCAUGUUGGAUCCCACAAGAGCCACAGCGUUUGACCCUCUCCUACAGCAUCGUGGGAGGGAAUAGCCAGAGCCGGUUUAGACUCCAAGGGACCAUCCUGGUGUACAAUGGCACUGUGUUGGGGCCCCCAUGGCCAGAGCAACCCUGCACCUAUGAGUUAUUGAUCCAUGUUGCUGAUGUGGGCCCUUCCAUCCCCCACCUCAGCACCACAGCCACCAUCAUUGUGCAUCUAGCUCCUUGGAAGGCCAGCACGGUGGCCACCAGCACUCACCAAAGCACAGUGUCCUCAACAAUGACACCCCUGAUUGUGACAGAUGUAGAGGCUUUCUGGAAGCCAGAGCCCUGGUUUGUGGUAGUGCUGACAGCAACUGGUGCAGUUCUCCUCCUGGCUCUGGGUUGGCUCCUCAGCAGGAUCCUUCGGGGGUUGGCCCAGUCACUACAAGCACCAAGCAAACCAGCCAGAGCUCAGUUGCUAAACAGCAUCCAGGGAAGUGAAGGCUCUAUUGGGAGGCAAAUGGAAGCACCAAGGGUGGAGAUGUCCCAGGUACCCAGAACUGCCAUGAGUCUGCAACAUUUUGAUGGCAGAGCCCAAGAUGUCUGUAAUACAGGGAGAUAUGACCUGUUCAGCACCCUCACUGGAGCCCGGCGUUGGCUGUGAGGGCGAGCAGCGGCUUUGCUAUGUGGGGAGUUCC